AUGGUCGGCUUCGUCAUUCCCAUCCCUUCCAAGGUCGUCGACAAUGUCUACAAGAGCAGCUCAAACUUAGUCAACUCAUACAAGAAGGAACCGCUCCCUACCGACCUGAGUGCAAAGCCAGGUGAGGAGGAGACAGGCCCACCUCCCGCCCCCGCACCGCGGCGAACGACCAACACCUGGGCUGGCAAGUCCACGGCUGCCCCACCGCCUCGCGCUGGAUACCCUGCACGCCCGGCUGCUCCGGCCCGUGCCGUGAGUGAGAUGAAUCUGGAGACAUUUGGCCCGCAGCUCCUCGCGCACGUCCUCGGCUCCAUCAGCCUCCUCGAGAGCGUUGGCCAGAUCACGCCCGAGGCUGCGCGGAAAGCUACCGCCGCCCUUGACGGCAGCGCUCCCGACACCGGAUACGCUGUUCCCACGGCGCCUCCAACUCGUGGUGCCGCCCGCGCGCCACCUGCGCCCCCAGCUGCACCAGCUGAGAUUCAUGCCACCGCGCUAUGGGAAUACGGACAGGGCGGGGAUGACGACGACCUCGCGUUCAAGGAGGGUGACACUGUCAUCAUCGACGAAGAAGUCAAUGACGAGUGGCUCCGUGGGCGGACGAUUCCCAGGGGCCGCACGAUGCCCCUGCCACAGUCUGGCCUGUUCCCUCGCAACUAUGUCCAACGUCUGUAA